UUGUCCCCGCUGAGAGGAGAGAGAAAGAGAGGCUCACCUUAAGCAGCACAAGCUUUAAAUGCGAGUUGGUUGAUGGUGGUUUCUUUCGAUCUACUCUUACGGACUAAGCAUUGUGGAGCGCAUCUUUCCUUUCUAUAUAAUAAUUACUCAUAAUAUAUAACUCAUCCUUAAACCCAAAUCUCCUGCUUCCAAGAUCGAUCCUACCCUGAACCAUACCCACUCUGUCUUUUCGAUUCCUGCAACUUGGAAGAGCUGAGUUCCCAAUUCCUAAAAUUUCUUGGCUACCCUGAUGGAUUUUGUGGCGAAUCCUUUUCCUUUGCCUUCUUCCGCGUUGGGCUCCUUCGGGAGCUUCGUUGAGAGGGUUAGACGCAUAAGCAGUCUCGCGGUUUCUGUUAUAAUUGGAAACAUCCUCUCUGCGAUCUUGACAUUUUGCUUUGCCUUAGUGGGAACGUUAUUGGGUGCCAUGACAGGAGCUUUGAUAGGCCAAGAGACCGAGAGUGGCUUCAUUAGAGGAGCAGCAGUUGGUGCCAUUUCCGGAGCUGUUUUCUCCAUUGAAGUAUUUGAAUCUUCUCUUGUUCUUUGGCAAUCUGAUGAAUCUGGGAUUGGGUGCCUCUUAUAUCUGAUUGAUGUCAUUGCUAGCCUAUUGAGUGGGAGACUUGUGCGUGAGAGAAUUGGCCCUGCCAUGUUAAGUGCUGUCCAAAGUCAGGUUAGCAUUUUUUGUCCAAUUAAUGAGACAUAUAUUUGGAUACGAACUCUCAUCGAGAAGAUUGCUCAUUAUAUCUCUGCUCUUAAAUGUCAGAUGGGUGCUGUUGAAGCAAACUUUGAGGAGGUUCAAAACAUCUUUGACACUGGUGGUUGCAAGGGCUUAACUGGGGAUUGUGUUGAGAAGAUCCCGAAGAUCACAAUCACAAAUGAUAAUAUUAUUGAUGCUUCGGGUGAAAGAGUUUCUUGUUCAGUCUGCCUCCAGGACUUUCAGCCUGGAGAGACGGUUAGAAGUUUGCCUCAUUGCCAUCACAUGUUCCACCUACCAUGCAUCGAUAAGUGGCUCUUCAGGCACGGUUCAUGUCCGUUAUGCAGAAGGGAUCUGUAAUUUUGUAUGUCCAUAGUACAAAAAAGUUCUUUUAUUGUUUAUACAGUCUUUCACUUCUAGGACUUGUAUUGGGUUCCAGGGAGCAUCCCAUGAGCGUAUCAUUGUACUAAAUUAGUGUAAAGAAAAUUUUGAUAUAUUAAAUAGUUUUGGCUCCUUCU